AUGCAAGUCCUCGUGCUUAUCAUCAUCGCUGUGUUCCUCUACCUCAUCAAGGAUGCGGUGAAGGAACUCUUGGGCUUAUCUCCCGUGCUGAAGAAGGAAGAAGAAGUCCAAAUUGUGGACGGCAAGUUCACGCCCAAAUCCCUCGCCAAAUACAAUGGCGCUGAUCACCCCAAGAUUUUUAUUGCCGUCAGAGGCAAGGUGUACGAUGUGUCUCAAGGUAAGGCGUUCUACGGUCCUGGUGGCCCCUACGCUAAUUUCGGUGGUAGAGACGCCCUGAGGGGUUUGGCUAAGAAUUCGUUUGAGCUCGACAACUUGACUGCCAUUGACCAGCCCAUUGACACCUUAGCCGAUUUGACCAGCGGCGAGAAGGAAUCGUUGGACUCGUGGGAAGAACACUUCGAGAACAAGUACCCUGUGGUGGGCACUUUGCACGAAAAUGAAGCCUAG